AUGUCACACGGCAAUCAAGUGUCUCAAAAGCAUUUUGUACCAGGUUCCAUUCCUGUACCACCGGAGAAGUAUGAAGGAGAGGAGUACUUCUGCAAAUUCACCCCCCGCAUCCACCGCGAUGCUCACCUUGCAGAUUCAGGAUGUUGGCAGUGCCAGCUAGAUCUCUUGGGCUCACAAGGAGAUGUUCAUGCAAAAGCGGUCCGGAGCGGGAGCAAUAAGAGCUAUGCUGUUGGCUGCAUAAACCCCACCGUUGGCAAUUUUACAGCCUUGUGCGCAAGUGAAGCGAUCCCUGACCGUCUGGCUCUAAUUUCGUAUAUCGUUGAGUAUGCUUACGUGCAUGACGAUGUCAUUGAAUACGCCGAAAAGAAAACCGAGUCGCAGCUUUGGGAAGCGAAUAAUCAAUUAAUGGAAGGUUUGAACGACAAUGGAGAUACACGACUAUCUACGAGAAAUAAUGUGAGAAGGCAGCUACAGGCCAAAAUGGCCACAGAGCUAUUGGAGAUCGAUAAAGAACAAGGGAAAGAGAUCCUGCGUCUCUGGAAGGAGAUGUCAAGUGUCUUUGUGGGAAUCAGAGAUCUUGAGUUCAAAAGAUUGGACGAUUAUCUCCCAUCGCGCGCCAUUGAUGCAGGAUGCCCAUGGACCAUGAGCCUGUUGUGCUUUUCUAUGGACUUUUAUCUCACAAAAGAAGAGAUCCAAUAUACUGCAGCUCUCACAAGGGCUGCAUACGAUGCUUGGGUUCUGGUCAAUGACUAUUUUUCUUGGGAAAAAGAAUAUCAAAACUACGAGGCCAACGGAAGCAUCGGCCAAAUUGCCAGUGCCGUCUACCUCUUUAUGAAGUGGCACAACAUCGAUCCAGUCACAGCAAAGAAGAUGCUCCGGAGUGAGAUUAUAGCUCGCGAGGAAAAGCUUAGCAAGCUUAAGUCUGAAUACCUGGCUCGUGGAAACAUGACGGACAGGAUCCUUAAGUGGAUCGAAUUGUUGGUUCUUGUGACAGCUGGAAACUUUGCUUGGAGUAUGACCACAGCGCGCUACCACGCUGAAGCUGAAGAUGCCUAUCCCGGUCUGCGGGCUGCAAAUCAGAACAAGCAUUCUCUUCCCUCUUUUGACAGCUUUAGCGCACCAAUCACACCCCGUACGAUAGCGGUCAAUGGAGAAAAAUCUCUGAACUCGAAUGCGCGAGAAUUUCCGGAUAAUUCAGAAUCCAGCAAGAGUGAUGAUGCUAGCAGUCCACCAACAAGUUGCGAUUCAUCCAAGUGGAAUGAGGAAGGAAAUGAUAUUCUUUCCACUCUAUCGGCAUAUGAAGGGAUUGCUUUGGAGCCUUAUGUCUACAUCAAAUCGCUGCCAUCAAAGGGAGUUAGGAGUGCAGCAAUUGACGGUCUUGAUGUCUGGUAUCAAGUUCCGGAGAUAUCACUCAAGAAAAUCCAAGAAAUAACGGAUCUGCUUCAUAGUUCCUCACUGAUGGUCGAUGAUAUACAGGACAACUCAGCCUUGAGACGCGGUUCUCCUGCUACACAUACUGUCUUUGGGAUAAGCCAGACAAUCAACUCUGCCAACCUUCUACUGAUGAAGGCCUUAAAGGCUGCGACAGCGUUGUCUGCAACUGCUGUUUCCAUUUUCACAGAAAGUCUCAUAGAAGGCCAUAUCGGCCAGGGAAUGGAUCUAUAUUGGACAAACCAGACGAAAAUUCCAACCAGGGAGGAGUAUUUCACUAUGGUUGACGGUAAAACAGGUGGCUUGUUUGUUCUAAUAGCCGAGCUGAUGCGCUCUGAGGCAACCGUGAAUAAAACUCUCGACGUGAAGCUACUUAUGAAGGCCGUUGGCCGCUUCUUCCAGGCGCGUGACGACUACAAAAAUCUCCAAGAUGCAGAUUAUAUGGAGAAGAAGGGUUUCGCAGAUGACCUUAGCGAAGGCAAGAUCUCUCUCCCACUCCUCUACGCCCUGAAAGCGAAAACACCCCAGCGCCUCCGAUUACUCAAUAUCCUGCAGCAACGAAAGGCUGGUAACUGCCUAUCUCCUGAGCUACGGAAGCUGGCAUUGGACGAUAUUGUAGCCGCUGGUGGACUAGAGUAUACCAAAAACGUCAUAAUUGAUUUACAAGAGAAAGUAAGCAUGUUGUUGGCGCAAUUUGAAGAUCAGGCAGGGGGAAGGAACUGGAUCAUCAGAUUGAUGAAGAAGCGGUUGGAAUUUUGA